GAAAUUUCGAUUUAAAUUUGAUCACAAUGACGAGCCUUUGUGUGCCUCGUCACGUUAAUCAAAACAGCUGUCAUAAAUGUCAUAAUUUAUGCCUUUUAGAAGCAAAAUAUUACAAUUUUAUACAUUUUUCAAGAAAAAACGCCAUUAAGCAACACUGACAAGUUUGUAUACCAAUAAUAAUCAAAGUCUUGCAUUUUUUGAUUUUUAAUAAAGACGUAUAAUUUUUUUCGAGUUUUCGGUUGCUGCGGGUUAUAUUUUGAUAGCGAAUUGUAGGUAUUUUUAACUAAAUAAAACUUCUGCGAAUAUGGCCGUUCAGUGGAGUAGGGAAUUGACUGAAAAACUAAUUGCCAUCUACCAGCUCCACGAAUGCUUGUGGGAGGUAAACCAUCCAAAAUACCAUGACAGAGUGGAACGUGAUGAGGCAUUUAACACAAUGUAUGAGUUGUUGAGAGCCGAUAUAGCUGGGUUAACUGUAGAGGAACUGAAAAGAAAAGUUUUAAGCGUCAGAUCUCAGUUCAGUAAAGAGUUACGAAUCAUAAACUCCAGCAAACGAAGUGUAGUAGGGAAUGAAAAAGUCAGAACUCCUAAAUUGUGGUGCUUUUACUUGCUUGACUUCCUCCGGUCAUCAAUCAAAAGUGCAAAAACUAAGUCCAGUGUUAAUGAAUCUGACGGGUCGGCUGAAAUCAAAGCAAGUGAUUGCGAGUCCGAUGUGUGUGAAUUUGCGGAUGAAUUUGGAGAACAUCGAAUUAAGGAUGAAUUCGUUGAAGAUAGUGAAUUUACCGAUGAAUUAACUUCAGUACCUACUUCUACUUCAGUACCUACUUGUGCUUCAAUACCUACCACUUCAUCUCAAAAAGGGAAGAAGCGAAAAUUUAAUAUCGACGAUGAUUCCGACAUGAUCUUACAAGAGUCAGACAAUAAGAGAGAAAGAAAAUUUGAAUGGCUAGGUGAACAGGUGGUGUCUACGUUAAACAAUAUGGUAGACCAAGAUAUCAUAUUGGAAGCAAUUACUAAAAUACAGCAAGACAUUAUGAUGUUUGCUAAAAGAGAUCUCAUGAGACAAAAACAAAAAGUAGCCGUUCAGAUGUAUAGACGAACACGCUAGUAGGAGUUUUAGAUAAUUACGAUCGUAGAACUAUUAUUGUACAAAUUAGUUUGGUUUUUAUAUAUAAUAAGUAUGUUUUUUAGUUCUGUAUGUAUUGUACUAAUAAGUUUAGUUUAAUUUAGGUUUUAUAAAUAAUUUAUUUACAAAAUUAAAUAUUUACCUUUAACUCAUA